GUUAUUCUCACUCAAAUUCAUUACAAGUUCUCGUGGCCUAUCAUAUUUACAAUAAAAUUGUACUUAUAAUAUUUUAUUACAAUGGAACAAGUAUCAGCUUCCGCAAUUGACGUAAACGCUGAACAUAUUAAAACUUUUAAAGACUUUCUGCUGUCUUACAACAAAUUGUCUGAGAUGUGCUUUGUUGAUUGUGUAUCAGAUUUUACAAGUAGAAGUGUGAAGCCCUAUGAAGAAAAAUGUGUAUUAAAUUGCACUGAAAAAUAUCUAAAAAUGAAUCAAAGAAUAUCGCAGAGAUUUCAAGAAUUUCAAAUGGUUGCUAACGAAAAUACCUUAGCAACUCAGAAACCCAGCUAGAAAACUUUGUUAUGGAUGUUGUUGUGACACCAUGUUCUUCUAUGUCCCACUUAUUGGCAAGAAGUACUACAGGAAUGUCUCUGCCAUUGUCGAGGACAACUUUUUCUCGUAAAUCCUGAAGCCACUGCAACAUAUUUUAUUAUUAGAUUAACAAAUAAAUUGUGUGUAAUUAUAGAUCUCAAUCAUCUAUUUGUAUAUUUUGUUAUGUAUGUAUAGUAUUAAAACCAUUGUUU